GUGGGGGGCAAGCGCGAGUAUCUUGCCUUCGUGCCAUUCCGAGGGCGCCCUCCGAAUCCUCCCCGCCUUCGCACGGCACAACUUGAGGGGAAACUUUCCCGCACGGACGCCGCCCGCCACCCGCCACCUUGCGCUCGCGGAGCUUCUACCCGGCCUCUGCUACCCCGGUCUCCGGAGCGAUGGACAGGCGCGCGCUGCUGGCAGCCCUGUGCCUCGUCGCUCUCGCCUCCCAGCCCGGCGCCCCGAGCAGCAGCAGCGGCGCCGCCUCCGCCACCAGCACCACCUCGGUCCCAAGGAGCACUACGGACAAAAAGUGGGACUUCAGCAGCAUUGAGAGCAAAUUUUCUUUAAGGACACCUGGGAAACCUGAUGAAGACACCUGCCUCAUAGUUCCUGGCCAGGAAACCAGUGUAGCGCAGUGCAGCUUCAAUCACACCAGUAAAACCUUUGUGGUUAUACAUGGAUGGACGGUGAUUGGCAUGUACGAGAGCUGGGUCCCCAAGCUGGUAAAGGCUCUGUAUCAAAGGGAACCCCAUUCAAAUGUUAUUGUCGUCGAUUGGCUGUCUCGAUCCAGCUUACAUUAUCCAGAUUCUGCUGCCUACACAAAGGAGGUGGGAGAAGACGUUGCCAAGUUUGUUGACUGGCUGGAGGAGCAAUUCAGUUACUCACUGAACAAAGUCCAUUUGCUGGGAUACAGCCUUGGUGCCCAUGUUGCUGGCAUUGCUGGGAGUCUGACCACUAAUAAGAUUAACAGAAUUACUGGUUUAGAUCCCGCUGGCCCUAACUUUGAAUAUGCUGAGGCAUCCGUACGCCUUUCCCCAGAUGACGCUGUCUUUGUAGACGUCUUGCACACUUUCACAAGAGGGUCCCCAGAUCGCAGCAUUGGAAUACAGAAACCUGUUGGGCAUGUUGAUAUCUACCCUAAUGGAGGUAUCUUCCAACCUGGUUGCAAUGUCGCGCAAGCCCUGCUCCUGAUUGCAGAAGGAGGACUUCAAGACGCAGAUCAGCUGCUGAAAUGCUCCCAUGAACGCUCCAUUCACCUCUUCAUCGAUUCCCUCUUGUACGAGGAGAAACCAAUCAUGGCCUAUCGCUGCAACUCAAAAGAAGCGUUUGACAAAGGGCUCUGCUUGAGCUGCAGAAAGAACCGCUGCAACAACUUGGGCUACAAAGCCAACAGAGUAAGAAGCAAGAGGGGAACCAAGAUGUAUCUGAAGACUCGAAGUCAAAUGCCUUACAAAGUCUAUCAUUACCAAGUCAAGAUCCAUUUUUUCGCAAAGGUGAAUACAACCAAGAAAGACCAGCAAUUCCGUCUCUCUUUCUAUGGCACGAAGGAUGAAAGUGAGAAUAUUGCAAUUUCACUGCCCGAGAUCUCCACAAACAAAACCCAUUCAUUCCUGAUAUACACAGAAGUUGACAUUGGGGACUUGCUCAUUGUCAAAAUCCAGUGGGAGAAGGGCUCAUUUCUCGACUGGGCCGAUUGGUGGGGUACUCCAGAGUUUGGCAUCCAAAAAGUCAGAGUCAAGGCUGGAGAAACCCAGAAAAGGUUGGUGUUCUGCUCUCGCGAUGGAUUCUCUUACCUCAAAAAAGGAGGCGGAGCUGUGGAAUUCGUGAGAUGCCUUGGAAAAAACUCCGUUGAUCACGAUUCAUGAGACCAGGUCAAGUCACGAAAUAAAUAUCAGCGCUUGAGUUCCUCGAAGACUAGCAAGUGGGUGAAGAAGUUCCAUUCAGGGAAAGAGCCAAUAUGUUGGCUGUUCGGGGGCUGAACCCAUUGAAAUAUUUAUCGGUCUUCUGCAAUGCUGUCUACUUUCUUCGUUGCUCUAAGAGACUCUCGCCCAACCCAGGCUCUAGACUGGUUGCACCAGAAUGCGGUUGGGGUUGCCCAGUUGAACGCAUACCCAACUGAAAUGAAUGCAGUGCAAUAGACAACAUUUUCAACGAGAAUUCAAGUCUUCGCUGUAUUCCCAAUCCAGCAAAUGAUAUGCAUGCAGAAGCCUGCUUAAAAUAUGGGGAUGCCCUUAUCUGGGUCAGAGCAUUUUUGCGCACAUUAGCCAACUGUUCUUUUUAAAAAGAAGCCUCUCACAUUGCAUUGAGAGCAAACUACCAUAAUUUUCACACCACCCUGUUACAAAGUUUUUCACUUUUUUAUAAUGUACUGUGUGUAAAAAAAAAACCAAAACUAUUUAUUGAAAGGCUAGAUAUUUCAACUGAUGAGUUUGUAUUUUUAUAGGUUUUUUUUAAUGAUCACUUGGACAUUUUGCUGGACAAUUUCCAUUCAGGUCAUUCAUUCAGUGUUGCAUCCUUUGACUGAAAGGCAGUAAUUUCACUUGAAGGGGGAGGGCAAUACAUAGUUCUCACUUAACAUAUUCCUGUUAUAUACAUUUCUCCUCCAACCCUGAGCAUGACUGAAAGACUGCAGGGUGAAGUCUCUGCAGUUGGUCAGCACUUAUGUACACUUAGGUAUUACUUAUUGAACACUUACUUUUUAAAUAGGAUAAUAAAUUUUCCAGAGAAGAAGCUAGCAUUUUU